AUGGGACCAUCGGUCUGCACCUCCAAAGAAACGAUUAACGUGGAAGUUCCAAAGUUAAAGGUUCAUAGGAAAGAGGAGGCGGAAGGAUUAGACCUGGGAAACUUGGGUCGGAAACGGUUAGGAAGCCUAACGGAAGGUGCAUUUCAAGGAUUAGACAUGGAUCUAAAUAUGUAA